AUCAGUUGGUAGACGCAGUAUCGAGUGGUAGGGAGGAGGAGGAACACACACCCUAGUGUUAAUACAGAGCAUACACCAUAGAGGGGACAUCAGUAAGCCUCCCUUACCUUGUGAGCCGCACAGCCUGCCUGUUGCUGCCGCACACAGGCCGCCGUGAUGACCUCCACCAGGGCCACCUACACCAAGGGCACCCCAGGACGCCACGAGGAACAACCCCUGCACCUCAGGAGUGACUGCUACAAUGACUAUGAAGUGGAGAGUGGCAUGGCCCAGCGUGUCAACUGCCUGGUGGGCUUCACAGUGGUGUCCAUCCUCCUGGGGGCGGCGGCGCUCACUCUCUCAGUCCUCCUCCUCUUCCAGGCAUUCGAGGUGUCAGCGCGGGAGGAGGCGGACUUGGCAGCACUGAGUCAGCGCCUUCGUCAGCUGGAGCGUGAGGUAGGGCUUGCUGACUCUACCGAGAACAUCAUAUACAUGGGUCCCGCGGGCGACCAUGUUCCCGAAGACACCCCUCUACUGAAGGCUGCUGGCCCACCAGAGAAAAUGGAGCCUUCAGAAGUUGAGGUGGAACCUGUGGCAGGCGAGGAGCUGCCAGUGAGUGUGGAACACCCACACCACCGCAAUGAGGAAGUGACAGUGGGUGAGGAACAUCCAUACACUGAGAACAAUGGGGGAGAAGAAACGCGUCACAUGUUGCCUCCGGCCGUUAGCGACGAUGAAGAGAGCGAGCUGGAGGGCUCAGGGGAGUGCCCUCACUACCCGCGACCCGUCUGCCCAAGGAACAAGACAAUCUGUAAUGACAGGAACGCUGAGGGCUGCCCAGUUCCUGUGUGCUGUUAACUCAUCCGAGAACAUGUUUCCCCCUAUUUCUAUUGCUAUGGAUCUUAUAGCAUUAUAUGUACUGCCUUCUUGUACUCAGCUUAACACUAUAUCAGUGUUCACUGUUGUACCUGCAUGUAUAAUUACCUUAAUGUAUAUUACAUCAAACAAUGAAUGACCGAGACAUGUAGUAUUGCAGAGAGCUGUAGCUAAUGCACGAUCUUACUAUAAAUGAUAAUAUGAUAAUAUUAAAUGGUAAAUUAUAAUAUUUUGCAGCAUCAUGACCUCGACGGCUGCUGUGGGAGACGGUCCCAUGAGUUUAUUACUCUGGGAGAAUUUGUCUUAUGUAUAAAGCUUUGUGGCUUGAUAACCCUGAGUUAAGGGUGUUGCCUCGCCUGUGUCACUUUACACAACUUCAAGAAAUGGUUUAAGUCAUCAAACUUGUUCAGUAUAAUGAUUACGUGACCCGUAUCGUCUCCGGCUUGAGGAGACACGAGUCCUGUCACCUUCAACUGUUCUUGAUUACUCGCGCUGACUCAAUCCCUAAAUAUUUUUUUCACUCUAUGUUGAUUGUUACUCUAUUUAUGUGGCCUCCGUGAAGGAGCAGUGGUGGUGCAUCACCACAGUAGGACUGUGUUGGUGCACCACCACAGUAGGACUGUGUUGGUGCACCACCACAGUAGGACUGUGUUGGUGCACCACCACAGUAGGACUGUUGGUGCACCACCAUAGUAGGACUGUGUAGGUGCACCACCACAGUAGGACUGUGGUGGUGUAUCAAUAAAGAGACGAGUAUUGUAUAACUCUCGGUGUUCGCUUAAUUAUGUUUCAGCAGUAUGGUGUGUUAAUAUGUGUAGCGUUAAGACCAAUAAACUGGCGCAUAACA